CUGAAGCACUUCUCCUUUCACGUCACGCCCAUCUUUCAUCAGCCUAUCUCGUGUAGCACUCGUGCAGCUUUCUCAACCCUCAAUCUUUCGAAAUGGCUGCCCUUGCCGCUACCAUGGCUGUUGCCCCUGUGGCCUCCCUCAAGGCCUCCACCACCCUGAAGACUAGCGUCGCUAAGACCUUCAAGGUUGCCCCCUCCGCUGCCCGCGUCUCCAUGGCCACCUACAAGGUGACCCUCGAGACCCCCAGCGGUACCUCCACCAUCGAUGUCGCUGACGACGUGUACAUCCUCGACGCCGCUGAGGAGGCUGGACUCGACCUGCCCUACUCCUGCAGAGCUGGUGCUUGCUCGUCGUGCGCCGGCAAGGUCACCUCCGGCUCCGUCGACCAGUCUGGCCAGUCUUACCUUGAUGACGACCAGAUGGCCAAGGGCUUCGUCCUGACCUGCAUCGCCUACCCUACCUCCGAUGUGACCGUCCAGACCCACCAGGAGGACAGCCUCUACUAAAUGGUGAUCCUGGAAUUUCCUUAGGCCCAUUGGACAUGUUUUUGCUGGUUAAUGUGUAGAUGCUGGCAGAAGCCUUGUGGAUAUGAUUCCAUCAAUGACAUUGAUUCUUGCUCGAUUUGCUGCCUGAGGGUCUUGCGUGGCGUACAAAUUUCACAAAUGUCAUAAAUGCGGGAAAUGCGU